CUGGGUAUUCCCGAGAUGACGCUAACGUCUCUGCGUGUUUCCUUCUUUCUACAGCUCCUCCUUCCUGAACUUGGUGUUUGUGACUGAUGCUGAUCGUUUCCAUGUGAAGCUGGUGCGGACCGUUUGACCAAGUCUAAUCUCAAUACAGAAGUUCAUACUUCCCUAAUUCUAGUUCUUAUAAGUUCGCUCGGGAGUGCAGAGGACACUACGCGUAGUUCAGCAGUAAAGGGAGUGAACGGGAUGACGUCAAAGGUGAAGGUAGAAAGUGUGUGUGAGCUGAAUUGAGCAGCAUGGAUCAGUGUGAGGACAGAGAGGAGGGAGUCCCUCCCUCUAAAAGCACUCUGUGUGGGGAACAUGAGAGCCAGACCAAAGCUCAGAGGAUUUAUGAGAGAGCUGCUGGACCUGAACCUGAACCCAGCUGUGUGUCCUUAAAGAGUGACCAUUCUGCAGAUCGCCCCAUUGAUUUUAAAUCGCAGCCUCUGUCUGCUGCAGAGAGAGUGGACCAAGAGAGCUCAGAGGUUCCCAGUGGUCAGUCUGCGCAGCAGCAUCAAACACACCUGGACUCCAUAUUUAUGCUCUUGGAGGACAAAAUGGUCACUCUUGUGAAGAAAGAACUUAAGAAGAUCCAGAAGGUUCUGUGUCCAGAUUCCCCAGAAUGCUUAGCAAGUCAGACGGACAAUAAUUGUGCAUUAGCGGGUGAGGAUGAAGAGCCGAAUAGCAUCAGAGAAUCAUUUGUGAAGAUCACACUGCAUAUCCUGAGGAGAAUAAAGCAGGAAGAGCUGGCUGACGAAUUACAGAAUCCAGAUGUGAUGGUUCCAGUACCAGAGCCUCAACCCAUCACGCAUUACCAACAGAUGCUUCGAUCAAACUUCCAGGACAAGUUUAUGUGUGCACAAGAAGGGUGGGCAGAAGAUAAACGGCGUCUGGCUGAUAUCUACACAGAACUAUACAUCACAGCUGGGUAUGACAUACAUAUCAACAUACAGCAUGAGGUCCGGCAGAUUGAAAAGGCAUGGAAGCCGGAAGAAACAGAGAAAGUCGUUAAACCCACAGACAUAUUCAAACAUCCUUCUGGAGAAUACAGACCAAUUAAAACAGUGAUGACCAAUGGAAUCGCAGGAAUUGGAAAAACUUUCCUUGUUCACAAGUUUGUGUUGGACUGGGCUGAACAAAGAUCCAAUCAAGAUGUGCAUCUGGUUUUCCCCUUCACCUUCCGUCAGCUGAAUCCACUGAAGGGAGAAAAGUUCAGUUUGGCAGAGCUCAUUCAUGAAUGUAUCCCAGAAACUGUAGGCAUCACAGAGGAGGCUCUUAAUUACAUCUUUAAAGAUAUUCAGUCAUCAGGAAUCACCAACUAUGACAAAAGUAAAUUCAAACUUCUGUUUGUGUUUGAUGGGCUGGAUGAGAGCCGCCUUCAUCUCGACUUUCAUUCUGAAGAUAUUCGCUCUGUCGAUGUAACAAAGUCAACUAAAACAGAUGUCUUGUUGAGAAAACUCAUCAAUGGAAAAUUACUACGCUCUGCUCACAUCUGGAUAACCACACGGCCUGCAGCAGCCAAUCAGAUCCCUCGAGAGUUUAUCAGCAGCACAACAGAGGUCAGAGGGUUCACUGACCCACAGAAAGAAGAGUACUUCAGGAAGAGAUUCAAAGGUAAGGAGCAAGCUGUCAAAAUCAUCUCCCACAUCAAGACAACAGGAAGCCUCCACAUCAUGUGCCAUAUCCCAGUCUUCUGCUGGAUCACUGCUACAGUUCUAGAAGAUGUGCUGAAAACCAGAGGAGGACAGCUGCCCAAGACCCUGACUGAGAUGUACGCAGAGUUCCUGGUGUUUCAGAUUGAUCAGACAAAAGAAAAGUAUGGCCCACAGAAAAGCAUUGAAUACAUUAAGUCAUUAGCAAAACUUGCCUUUCAGCAACUGGACAAGGGCAACCUGAUCUUCUAUGAAAAAGAUCUGAGAGAGAGCAGCACUGAUGUUAGUGAAGCCUCAGUAUGCUCAGGAGUGUUCACAGAGAUCUUCAAAGAAGAACGAGGAAGGAAAGGGAAAGUUGAGAUGUUCAGCUUUGUCCAUCUGAGUGUUCAGGAGUUUCUGGCUGCUCUUUAUGUAAGGAUGUCGCUUAAUAACAGCAACAUAAAUGUCAUGCCUUUACCACAACCAUCACUGAAAAACCUUCGACUGCUUUUAAGUAAGACAUCUUCAAAGAAGAUCCACAGGAUUUCCAUUGACAGGGCCUUGCAGAGUUCAAAUGGACACCUGGACUUAUUCCUUCGCUUCCUCCUGGGUCUAUCACUGCAGACCAAUCAGGAUAAACUGCAGGACCUUUUAAUGACAAAAGACAGUGGCACAGAGAACAAUCAGAAAACAGUCCAAUACAUCAAGAAGAAGCUCAGUGAGAAUCUGUCUCCAGACAGAUGCAUCAAUCUGUUCCACUGUCUGAAUGAGCUAAAUGAUCGUUCUCUGGUGGAGGAGAUCCAACAGUCCCUGAGUUCAGGAAGUCUCUCCACAGAUAAACUGUCUUCUGCUCAGUGGUCAGCUCUGGUCUUCAUCUUGCUGUCAUCAGAAAAAGAUCUGGAUGUGUUUGACCUGAAGAAAUACUCUGCAUCAGAGGAGGCUCUUCUGAGGCUGCUGCCAGUGGUCAAAGCCUCCAACAAAGCUCUGCUAAGUAGCUGCAAUCUGUCAGAAAGAAGUUGUGGAGCUAUGUUAUCAGUCAUCAGCUCACGGUCGACUAAGCUAAGAGAACUGGACCUGAAUAACAAUGACCUGUGGGAUUCUGGAGUGAAGCUGCUGUCUGUGGGAUUGGAGAGUCUACACUGUACACUGGAGGCUCUGAGGCUCUCAGGCUGUCUGAUCACUCAGGAUGGUUGUACUUCUCUGGUAUUAGCUUUGAACUCCAACCCCUCACAUUUGAGAGAGCUAGACCUGAGCUACAAUCAUCCAGGGGACUCGGGCAUGAAGCUGCUCUCUAGCUUACUGGAUGAUCCACGCUGGAGACUGAACACUCUUAGGUAUGAUAUUAGAGACUUGACCGAGCCCCAUAGCAAGGCAUUUUCAGCAGUGAUAUGGUUGAACUCCAACCCCUCCCAUUUAAGAGAGCUAGAUCUGAGCUACAAUCAUCCAGGAGACUCGGGCAUGAAGCUGCUGUCUAGCUUACUGGAUGAUCCACGCUGGAGACUGAACACUCUUAGGCUGGACCAUGGUGGACAGCACAGGCUGAAACCUGGUCUGAGGAAGUAUUCCUGUAAUCUUAAACUGGACACAAACUCAGUGCACAGAAAACUUAAACUGUCCGACAACAACAGAAGAGUGACGGCAGUAACAGAGGAGCAGCCUUAUCCUGAUCACCCAGAGAGUUUUCAAGCAUGCCUCGGGCUUGAGGUGUAUGAGGGGGCGGAGUCUGUCAUGCUGCCCUGUCAGGUACCAGAGGAUGUUUACCAGGACGCCACAGCAGUGGUUUGGGACCGCAAGGACCUCAGCAUCCCAACAGUGCAUCUGCGUCUGCAGAGCGGGGAUGAUCUCACGAAACAGAAUGGUAUUUACUUCAACCGAACAUCAAUGAGAGCCGACGCUCUGCAGACUGGAGACCUCAGCCUCACUCUGAGGAACCCCAUAGUCAAUGACACCGGCACCUACACCUGCACCACCCGAAAAUAUGGACAAGAUCAGAGCAAGACCCAUUUGCAACUGAAAGUGGCAGAACGUCCUCCUCCUGGUCCCACUCCUCCUCCAGUCUGGCCCAAAGUUGUCUCAGGUGUCCUGGUUCCUGUGGUUCUCCUGGCUGUUGGCUUUGGUGUCUUCAUGUAUUUUAGAUAUAAAAAGUUAAAGAACAAAGAAGUCGUUCAGGUCACAGCAAAACCAGGUGAUGAGUCCGUUGUGCUGACCUGCAGAAGCACAGUUCAGCCCCUGCCUGAUGGUGCUAAAGUGGUGUGGAAGGACAGAAACGAGAGGAAGGUCCACGUGUGUCAGAAAGACUCUGAGCAGGCUGAAAAACAGCACAGACGUUACAGAAACCGAACAGAGAUGAAGAAAGACCCGCUGAGGACCGGAGACCUCAGUUUGACCCUGAAAUACCCCACAAACACAGACAGGGACACCUACACCUGCACCAUCUACAGCGGGGAGGGAAAAGAACUGAUGGAGAAACAGGUGGAGCUGAAAAUCAAAGAGUGUCGGGUGGAGGUGGUGGAGGGGGCGGAGUCUGUCCUGCUGCCCUUCAAAACCACAGCAAACCUGCCUGGAGACAGUGAUGUGGAGUGGAAACGGCAUGAACCCGAAUACAUGAAGGUCUAUGUGUAUGAGAACGGCUCUGACCGGCCCGACAAACAGGACGACCAUUACAGAGGUCGCACUGAGAUGAACACUGACCUGCUGAACACUGGAGACCUCAGUCUGACCCUGAGACACCCCACAGUGAAGGAUACUGGGAGAUACGCCUGUGAGGUCAACAGCAAGGAGGCCUGGAGAUACAAGAGGGUGUGGCUCACAGUUAAAGGGAGAGAUCAGGUCCAGGAUCAAACCGAGGACAACAACACUAUUGAAUUGACUCCUCUGAUGGACCAACAAGCUUGAUCUGACUGGUCUCUGAUUAUGGAUCUGACUGGUCUGUGGAUCAGAGAGAAAACACCAGUAAUGGACUGAAGGGGAUGAAGAGGGAACGAUGCUGAGUUCCUCCACGUUCUGUGAGGAUGUUUUCUGAGCUGUUCACACAGCUGAACCCUGCAGUGACUGUAGCUCAGCUCACUCAUGUAGCAUCAACUGUUUGAUUUGUUACCACAUUACCUUAGCACAAACAACACUCAUGAUGUGCAUUUUAUAGUUACUUUAUAUUUUACUUACCCAUAAUGCCUUGGUGUUCAGGUCUCAGCUGUGAUCAGGGUGCUGUUUAGUUGAUGUUUGGACCUCAUGUCUGCACGUUCUGAGCAGGUAGAUCACAGAGCUCCUACAUGUGUGAGGCUUUGGUGUUGGCUGUGUCUGUAAAACUGCACAAAGUAUAAGACAACUAACACUUUAAUAUACAUGUAGCUAAUGAAGUGUAUAAAGAGAAAGAACAAAAUGUUUUUGUAAAAUGCUGCUGAAGAGAAAAGAAA